GUUGAUGGAAAGUUAGAUGCCUAUAGGAAGGCUGUUUUUGAGGAACUCUCAAGCCUUCGAGAGUUCAUAGAUCAAUCUUUGAAGGGUGUUAUGAAUGUGAUAAACAAGAGGUUUGAUUUGGACGAGUCAAAGUUUGCUGGUAGCUCAACAAAAAAUAAUUACCAACAUCAAGGAGAGAACAACCAGCAAUUCCAUUUCAAUGCUGGUGAUCAACUGCAUGGAAGCACAAGCAAUACAGCUACAAUUUCUCCAGAACAUUUUCAACCACAUGUUGACUUAUAUCCUGACUUCCAAGAAGCAGCUGAGGCAUAUAAAGCAGAACAUCUACAAGGAAAUAUUGAGGAAGAACCAGUAAUUGAUGAAGUAGCUGAGGCACAACAAGCAGUUGUUCCUGAAGGCAUUGAUAAAAAAGUUGUUCCUGAAGGCAUUGAAAACAAAGGUUUGACAUUGGAUGACUUUGAGCUGCCAGAAAACUUAUCACAGUUGGUCAUGUAUGGCGAGCCCAUACGAGAUGAAUCAACCCCUGUUCAUCCCGAUAGAACCAGGCAACCGGGAAAACAUGCACGAUCACCUUUCACAUCUUUGUAUAGUUCUGGAGGCAGCACAUCUAUUGGACCUAAAUUUUUUUACCUCAAGCACCCCUUCACAAGUGUCAUAGGUGAAAAUGUAGAUCCUGAAUUGACAUAA